GGUGUGCGUUUGUUGGAUCAAUGAAUUAUUUUUUUUAUCUAUCUAUUAUAUAUUUGGUGCUAAUCAGGUUAAAAAUAUAACCGGGUUUUCUGUGUUUAAAUCUGACGUUUUAACUACAAUUGGUCAUUUUUAUAUUCUGUUGGAGCAGCACAAACCCCACACAGAUGAGCAGGGACCACAGACAGGAUCUCAGGGCAAUCUCCAUGGUGCAGCAACGUUGCAGGAGGGAUCCAGCAGCACUCCAACCAUAAAAGGCCUGUGCGCGACCGCAGAGUGACUGCCCACGAUGACGGAGCUGGAGCCGGUGCUGGACUUCGCUUCUUCCAGCCGAUCAGGCCGUCGCAACGCCCUGCCAGACGUCCUGGGGUCACCUGCUGGGGUCACCCCCUCCGACCUGCCCCUCAAAUUGGCUGAACUCACACUCGCAGAGGGGACAGAGGGGGUUCAGUCUCCCAGUUCUGAGGCCCCCCCAGCCCCUCCCUCAGAGAGCGCGGAGCUGAAGGAUGGCUCAUAGGGCCCCGGAGCCAAGCGGAGACAGGAGGCACUAGAGAGAGGCCGAGAGGAAGGUGAGAGACUCCAACGAGACAAGAACAGUUUAGUCAUGUGACCACCAUCGCUGGAGGCCUCUGACCCUUACGUGAGGGCCGGGGGGGAGACCCUGACCCCAGAAGGGAGAAGGCAUGGAUUUAUCAAGGCAGGCAAUGCUUUCCUUUCACCGCCCGAAGACCACGCGUAAACGACUGACAAUGGAGUGUCACGGAGGAAGAGGGCAGGCUCGCACCACGGCUUUACCAUCGACUGCAACGGGUUGUGCUGUGAACACUUCUGAAUGCAGCUUUGUAUUAAGUAUCUGUUUCAGUUUAAACAGUAACAUGUAUGUGGAUAGAUAGAUAGAUAGAUAGAUAGAUAGAUAGAUAGAUAGAUAGAUAGAUAGAUAGAUAGAUAGAUUGAUUGAAUGUGUGUGUUUACAUUCUGUACACACAGUCGGUGCAAGAAGAAAGGAAUGAUUCACGCCCCGGAUGUAAAGACGGUUCAGUUGAACAGGAUGGACAGUGAUUCAGUGUUUUACAAUAACCUGCACUCUGCUUUUCUUUGUGUAAAGUAAGAAUAUCACUUGUUUUUAAAUAAGACACCAGUCUAUUGGUUUUCUCAUGUAAUGUUUUAAUACAAUGCUGCCGUUUCUUCUGGUAGCUUGCUAGUGAGUGUUGGUGCUGUAGAAUAGUGCAGAUAACACGGGGGGGGGGGGGUCUUGGAUAUGUGAAAAUCCAAUUUAGCUACUAUUGUACUGCCAUAGAAGAAACACUCUUCUGCUGACCACCUACGGUAACUCUAGUGACACCCAGUGGCCAAAUAGGUGUAUUUAAAUGUGUUUAAAAUGGCACAUCUCAUUCUCAGGCGGUGUCGCUGUGUGGUGUGGGUCGUGCAGAACUAAACUCAAACCAUUUCAUUACAGAAUCUCCUGCUCUCCCAAUCAGAAUCAGGUAUCCGCCCCCCUACAGAGCGUUCACGCUAAUCAGAGUCUGUGAAAGCAAUUCUGUAGGCGGAGUGUUGGGGGCGGCCUGUGUCACAUUACUUGGUGCUGUGUCGUGGCAUACAGCAGAUGAAACUGACGCUAUGAUUUUUAUUUUUUGUGUUAAUUCCUCAGUUUCUUUUCUGCUGAAUAUCUUCUGAUAGGGUGUUUAAAUGUUUGGUGUCAGACCAUCACCUCACCGCACGGACAGUGGCUCUAACUGUACCUAUUCAUUUGUAGUAAUAAUUAAAAAGAAAUAAAAAAGACACUGCCAAAGGCUUCUUGUUGGAAAGUUUCUGUGAUUUUUCCAGCACUGUGUAUCUCUUACGAUUGAGUUUUUGAGGAUAUGGAAGAACUUUCUAUUUUGAAAUUGCAGUGGCAGUUUGAACAGGAAUGUGUAUAUGUAGUGCUGUGCUAUAGUCACUCCAGGAAUGUGUAUAUGUAGUGCUGUGCUAUAGUCACUCCAGGAAUGUGUAUAUGUAGUGCUGUGCUAUAGUCACUCCAGGAAUGUGUAUAUGUAGUGCUGUGCUAUAGUCACUCCAGGAAUGUGUAUAUGUAGUGCUGUGCUAUAGUCACUCCAGGAAUGUGUAUAUGUAGUGCUGUGCUAUAGUCACUCCAGGAAUGUGUAUAUGUAGUGCUGUGCUAUAGUCACUCCAGGAAUGUGUAUAUGUAGUGCUGUGCUAUAGUCACUCCAGGAAUGUGUAUAUGUAGUGCUGUGCUAUAGUCACUCCAGGAAUGUGUAUAUGUAGUGCUGUGCUAUAGUCACUCCAGGAAUGUGUAUAUGUAGUGCUGUGCUAUAGUCACUCCAGGAAUGUGUAUAUGUAGUGCUGUGCUAUAGUCACUCCAGGAAUGUGUAUAUGUAGUGCUGUGCUAUAGUCACUCCAGGAAUGUGUAUAUGUAGUGCUGUGCUAUAGUCACUCCAGGAAUGUGUAUAUGUAGUGCUGUGCUAUAGUCACUCCAGGAAUGUGUAUAUGUAGUGCUGUGCUAUAGUCACUCCAGGAAUGUGUAUAUGUAGUGCUGUGCUAUAGUCACUCCAGGAAUGUGUAUAUGUAGUGCUGUGCUAUAGUCACUCCAGGAAUGUGUAUAUGUAGUGCUGUGCUAUAGUCACUCCAGGAAUGUGUAUAUGUAGUGCUGUGCUAUAGUCACUCCAGGAAUGUGUAUAUGUAGUGCUGUGCUAUAGUCACUCCAGGAAUGUGUAUAUGUAGUGCUGUGCUAUAGUCACUCCAGGAAUGUGUAUAUGUAGUGCUGUGCUAUAGUCACUCCAGGAAUGUGUAUAUGUAGUGCUGUGCUAUAGUCACUCCAGGAAUGUGUAUAUGUAGUGCUGUGCUAUAGUCACUCCAGGAAUGUGUAUAUGUAGUGCUGUGCUAU